CACCAGCUCAGCAAAAAACACAUUUUAUUUUGAUUAUAAGUUUGUUUCCUCACGGUGUUAACUUCUUUUAACUAUGAGUUUGGCCAGCAUAAAGCAGAAGGAGGCAAAGGGCAAAAAGAAGGUUCUGCCCAAGUUGCGAAAUAUCUUGGCCAAUCCAUACAAGCAGCACAGCCCAGUGCUCGGGGAAGAUGAGCUGCUGCAGCUUCGCCAGAUAUUGCUAGAGGCCAUAAAACGCAGUGAGCAUACCGUAAAGACAUUUGCCACCAAUAGCCACAUACAUCUCGGCCUCGAGAGCUCCUUGCGCGCCAUCAAUUCGAGGCGCUUUUCGUGUGUGUUUGUCUCGCUGAGUCUGAGGCCAUCGCAUAUCAUCCGGCUAAUAGCCACCAGUGCCGCCACUAAAUUGCCAAUUGCUCCCAUUUAUGCGCAACCAAAGCUGGAGGAGCUAACCUAUGAGAUUUUCGGUGUACGAGCACUUUCCUUGGUCUUGCCUCUGGACUUGGCUGCUGUGAGCCUGGACUUGGAACAAUGGGUGAAGAGCCGUCAGAAGCCAGCUCCACAAAAGAUUCCUGUCAAAGUUAAAAAGUCUUUUAAGAAGCGCCAGGCGAAAGUGCAAGAUCUUCAGCCGGAGAAAACAGCACAGAAAGCUUCAGUGCCGCAGGUGGUGGUUGCAGAAAAACAAUGGAGCGAUGACUACAUAUCGAUGUCCAGUGACAAGUCAUGCGUAAGGAUUGACCGAGUCGAUGCCGAGGUGGAGACCCAGCAAUUGGGCGCUGCACUCAGUAAUUUGGCCAUGAAAGCCAAAAGCAAAGUCAUAGUGGAAGUGGAAUCCGAACCAACGAUACCCGAGUCGGCAGAGAUUGUGGAGCAUAUGGAAGUAGAGGCAUCGGAAGCCAUCGAUGAAGAUGAUUUCCUGCCCACCGACACGCAUCGCUAUCGGCCAGUCAGUGUCCACCGCACCCGUCCUAAUCCUGACAAGAAACCCAAAAAGAAGCGAAACAAAAAGCAGAAACAGCAGCCGCCAAGCAAAACCAAGUGAUGACUGGCAACGCCGCCACCAAUCAGCUGUAGUUUUUAGGUUAUGUUUCUAGAUUUUGUUAUCGUAAUUUUUAAGACCGCUCCG